CCUCCAUAGAGAGCCCAGACUCGGCUAUGAUUCCGGAAAUCCCCAACCAAUACAUGGACCUGGAUGCUGUCUUCUCCAAGACCAGGGCAACUCACCUUCCUCCUCAUCGUCCCUGGGAUUGUGCAAUCAACCUCCUGCCAGGCCGGUGAUUCCGGGUCCCAUGGCUGAUGCGGUCCCUGGUGGUACGCCACCACCGGCGCUGGAGAUCGAUGGUUCCCCUGCCUACCAGGUGAGGGCGCUCCUGGAUUCCAGACGCCGUCAAGGUCGCAUGCAGUACCUGGUGGACUGGGAGGGGUAUGGGCCUGAAGACCAGAGCUGGGUCCCCUCUUCCGACAUCCUAGACCGUACUCUCAUUUCAGAAUUCCACCAGUCUCAUCCUGACAGACCAGCACCUCGCCCGAGAGGUCGUCACCCCCUUCGCUCGCUUCGCACGGCUGGAGCCGUGCCUCAGAGGGGGGGUACUGUGACAAACCUGGCAACAACACCGUUGCCUCCGUCAAGACAAUUCCCUCAUCAUCUCAGACAAUCCAGUCAAUCAUCCGCUAAUUCCCUCAACCAAUCAACCAAUCAGCGCCCGGCCUCACCAGAGUACUAAGACUGUGACUCAAUUAUCACGUGCACCUGCAAUCAAGCAAUCACCCUGAUCACAUGUUCCACCUGUUGCUGUAUUUAAACCUGAACUUUCAUUCACCAUGUGCAGA